AUUUCACACUUAAAAGAUCACCAAUAGGUAAUCCUUCCAUCUCACCCAUUGUCAACUCAAUCAACAACUCCACUCCACAUGGUGCCUAAAUAAUUUAUGUAUAUGUACAGUGACACACAAAGAUCAAUUAUAGUAGCAUAUCUGUCUAUCUCUAAAUAUUUGCAGAGUAAGUUGAAAGACAACAAUGGCGAAAGAGGGAACAAAAGUGGGAAGAAUCAAAUUGGGCUCGCAGGGAGUUGAAGUGUCUGCUCAAGGGCUUGGUUGUAUGGGUAUGUCUGCUUUUUAUGGGCCACCCAAACCCGAACCCGACAUGAUCAAACUGAUCCACCAUGCCAUCAACUCUGGUGUCACUUUUCUUGAUACUUCCGAUAUAUAUGGGCCCCACACUAACGAAAUCCUCCUUGGCAAGGCUCUGAAGGGAGGAAUGAGAGAGCGAGUUGAGUUAGCAACAAAAUUUGGCAUUAGUUCUGAAGAUGGAGAGAGAGAAGUGCGUGGAGAACCAGCCUAUGUAAGGGCAGCAUGCGAAGCUAGCUUAAAGCGACUUGAUGUUGACUGCAUUGACCUGUACUACCAGCACCGAAUUGAUACACAUGUGCCCAUUGAAGUAACGGUUGGAGAACUUAAGAAGCUGGUUGAAGAGGGUAAAAUAAAAUAUAUAGGUCUAUCCGAGGCAUCAGCAUCAACAAUUAGAAGAGCACAUGCAGUUCAUCCAAUAACAGCAGUACAAUUAGAAUGGUCUCUAUGUUCAAGAGAUGUAGAGGAAGAAAUUAUCCCUACUUGCAGAGAACUCGGUAUUGGGAUUGUGGCUUACAGUCCACUAGGAGGGGGCUUUUUGUCAUCAGGUCCAGAGCUGCUUGAGGAUUUGUCAAAUGAAGAUUUCCAAAAGGGCGAGAAUCUUGAGCACAAUAGAAAGUUGUACAAGCGGAUUUGUCAAAUGGCUUCAAAGAAGGGAUGCAGCCCUUCUCAACUAGCCUUGGCCUGGGUACAUCACCAAGGAAACGACGUGUGUCCCAUCCCCGGCACCACUAAGAUCGAAAACUUGAACCAGAACAUUGAAGCUUUGUCCAUAAAGUUAACAUCAGAAGACAUGGAAGAACUUGAAUCCAUUGCUUCAGCUAAUGUAGUCCAGGGUGAUAGGUACAAAGAUUCAGAAACUCCACCCCUUUCAGCAUGGAAGGCUAAAUAAAUGAUGCAAUUGCCUAAUUAGUGUCUUCUGUUUUGAGUUGAGUCGUUUUUGUGUUGUGCCCUGAGAAAACAUAGUUUUUCUGUUUCAAACUAUUGUGCCACUUGCUGAUGGUUCAAAUAAUAAAAUUCUCAUCUCUGUUUGUUGGCUUUUA